AUGGUCUACGGUGACUCAAAUUUGGUGGCCAAUCAGGUGAUGAAGGAGCAGGAUGUCAGAAACCUUUCCAUGACAGGAUACUGCAACGCCGUGAGGAAGUUGGAGAAAAAGUUUGAAGGUCUGGACCUUCACCACAUUCCUCGAAUCAAAAAUCAAGCAGCUGAUGACUUGGGAAAAAUCGGUUCCGCUCAGAAGCCUAUGCCCAGUAACGUGUUUCUUGAGCAUCUUCAUUCCCCAUCAGUGCAGGAGGAUACUUUCACUAAAGAACCUCCCCAAGCGAUAAGUCCUACCAAUCCAAAUGAAAUCGAGGUACCAGCAGUUAUUGAUCUAGUUAUAGAGAUCCUAGUAAUCACCCUCGACUGGACAGUGACAUACAUUGCAUAUCUGGUAAGGCAGGAGCUUCCAGAAAAUGAAGUUGAAGCAUGA